AUGAGCCCCUAUUGCUCCUCUUCGAAUAUCGACGCUGCAUAUCUAAAAAAGCUGGGAGAAAAAAUCGAAAAGCAGGGACAGAGCGCACGUCGCAGUGUGUUCCAUUUUAGGCCACCGUGGGUGUCGCGUCAACCUGGAAGCGCAGAAAACGUGCGACCAGCAACCAAGUGCACAUCAAGUCAACACUGCCGAAGGAGCGCUCUGAUUAUGACGGAUGGAGGCUGUGGGCUUGGCAUUGCCUACCAGCAGGGUAUACCUGGCAAAGUUUGGCGACAACAGGGUGCUGACGCUGCACUGGCCUGCGAGUUGGCUGCGGGUACCGUAGGCGUCCGAAGACGGACGCAACGUCGUCUCAACACGUACCGAGUCUUCCGUGCAACUCGCCGAAAAGCGCGCACAAGCUUUCAUACGACAGGUACCAGCUCUGAUUCGUCCGGGGGAACGCUCAAACCGAGCGUCUCUGCAACAGCGCUCGGUCCGAUCCUCGGAAAGUGUGCGCUGCCUCAAAGCGCCCGCGUGCUCAUAACUGGCGGCACUGGCUGCAUCGGCAGCUACGUUAUCGCGGAGUUACUUCUCCACACGAAUUACACGCUCGAGUUGAUCGUUCGAGGUGGUGCACAGCGUUUCCUCUCCGUGUCUGAUGAGCGUUUUCGGUUCAGUUUUCAACAGAGGCGCAUACGCGUGCACGACGUCGACCUGGCAAGCGCUGCGGACCUGCAGAGCGAACGGAUGCAGCAACUCGUCGGUACCUGUGAUGCUCUUGUCCUCUGUGCGGCAUCCUGGGGCGGGGAUACCGCCAAAGCUGUGAAUGUGGACGCCGUGCUCUCCCUGCUGCACGCUUCGAGUCGCCAGCACCGAUGCCGCCAUGUCGUCUAUUUCGCUACAGCGUCAGUCGUUUCUCCGCAGGGCAAAGUGCUUCUGGAAGAAGCUUUACAAUGGGGCACCGAAUACAUUCAGAGCAAGGCUAUUGCAGUCAUCAGACUCCUCGACACCUUGCAAUGCAUGGAUAAACCGGUCCCGACCACGAUUCUGUUCCCGACUCUGGUGCUUGGGCCCACGAGUCAUCUGGGCACAGCGUUCCGUGCAAGCUCCCCAGCAGCAUUACGUGAUUCACCGUUGUAUCGUGCAGGGAAGCAUGUGCUUCGUUUCCUCAGUGUCGACUCCAGGGUGCGUGCACACUUUAUCCAUGCUGCGGACUGCGCCCAGAUCGUACGACUGGUCCUCCAAGGAGCCUCGUCCACGACGCGUGCUCUGUCGAUAGCGCAUGACACCGGCGGGAAUGUUUUCAAGCCAGUCCAGCGAAAUGGAUACGCGCUUCCUCUUCAGUGUUUUGUGGUGGGCCAGGAACCACCCUUCUCCUUUGACGACGCUGUGCACGCUCUGUGUCGACUCUAUGGACUCGUGAUUCCCAUGCGAUGGCUACGCAUUCCGGCUGAUCCGCUGUUGUGGCUCAUGGCUCAUGGGUGGAUACCAGUCGAUGCGUGGACGCGCUUCUGCUUGCGUCGACGUCGAGAGCUCUUCCUGUUCCCGCAGGCAGUUCGACCGGAGGAUUUGGGCGGCACAUCUGUCGCACCGGAUCUGUAUACAGCGUUACAGCGUUGCAUGAUUCCGUCGAGGGAGGCAGUGGGUUGGAUGGAGCGCGAUCCCGAAAAGCGCACCACGAGCCAAGUCAUGCGUUUUGGGUGA